AGGUGUCAGGGUUCGUCGGCUAAACUGCACCGUCGCUGUGUCCCAGAACAUGGGCGUCGGCAAGAGCGGGAGCCUGCCCUGGCCUCCACUCGGAAAUGAAUUCAGGUAUUUCCAAAGAAUGACUACAGUGUCUUCAGUAGAAGGUAAACAGAAUUUGGUGAUUAUGGGUAGGAAGACCUGGUUCUCCAUUCCAGAGAAGAAUCGACCUUUAAAGGACAGAAUUAAUAUAGUUCUCAGUAGAGAACUCAAGGACCCUCCAAAGGGAGCUCAUUUUCUUGCCAAAAGUCUGGAUGAUGCCUUAGAACUUAUUGAAGAUCCAGAAUUAACAAAUAAAGUAGACAUGGUUUGGAUAGUGGGAGGCAGUUCUGUUUAUAAGGAAGCCAUGAACAAGCCAGGCCAUCUUAGACUAUUUGUUACAAGGAUCAUGCAAGAAUUUGAAAGUGAUACGUUUUUCCCAGAAAUUGAUUUUGAAAAAUAUAAACUUCUUCCAGAAUACCCAGGUGUUCCCUUGGAUGUCCAGGAGGAAAAAGGCAUUAAGUACAAAUUUGAAGUAUAUGAAAAGAACAAUUAAUGUGGAAAUGUUUUCCGAUCUAUUUCAAGCCUUUCUCCCCCCAAAAAAACUAUAUAUUUUUUGUUGUAGAGACUUUGUUCACUUUAGAUCUAU